UGGAACGGGGGAAGGGUCUGGUGCUCCUGAAUCUAUCACAUGACCUCUCACUAUAUAGAUGCUGGAGUGGAGAAGAUCAGUGCCUGCCAACUGCACCCUUGUCGUUUUGUCGCAAAAUCGACAUUUGGAACCCUAACCCAUGCACAGGAAGCGAUAGCGGAUGAUCAAAUAAGAGCUUGUGACUCAUCACGAAAACUCCACCAAUUAGUCACCGAAUGACACCCCCCCACGCACUCCAUGGAUUGAUAUUUCCGUGAGUGCGUUUCAAAGUCUUCAGCACCGGGUUAAAGGGCUAGCUAAACCGUCUGGUGACUUAUCACUGUGACUGGGGUAUUAACAUACUGACAGCUAAUCUGUGAUCAGCUGGUGAAGAGACUCAGCCAAGCGCUAGCAAUAGACCAGUUAGCAUGACCAGUCUACUACUGUGGUUCAUAUAUCCAAGUCUGCUUCUAACUAGGCAACAAGCGAGGUGGGUUCAUUUUUUAUACUUGAUAUGGAUUGUAAUAGUACGACAUUGUACUGGAUUCAUGGUAAGGUCAACUUUGAUUGAAUUAGACCAGUUUCCUGUAUUGUCAUCAAACCUGAAAGGGAUUUUAGGAGCUUAGCAUCGGAGUUAGCAUUGCUGAAUCGGCAGCAGCGGUAGCUUUGUAUACAGUAUAGCAACUUUGAUAUACUGUAUCCAGACUGAAGGGUUUGGCUCAAUUGUGUUUCAAGCUAUUCAGAAAGUGAGUUCGACUCAAGUAUAUCACUUACCUAGGUUGAAUUAUAAAAUGCAUAUUUCAGUGUCAAUUAUAAAUUGCACCUGACCUCUGCAGCCAAUGUGAACUACUCCAGUAGCCAUGAAACAUGAUGUUCUCCUGUAGUUAGGGCGUGGUUAAUGUAGCGUCUGAGCUGACAUGCAGGCUGUUUACAGGGUGUUAAGCAGGCUCCCUGCUGCCUGGUUCAUUAGAUAAUGGUUGCUGGAGCCUUAAUCCUACUGGCCUACUAGAGCAGACUGUCAGGUGGUGACUGGACCAGUAUCAAAUCCAACAAACUGCACUGUGAGAUCAAUUAGGCUGGCUUAUACACUGCAGCCAUCACUAUGCUGCUGUAGACUCAUCAUUAGCAGUGGCUUCCAGUACUUCAGCUACUUCAUCAACAGUUCGCCAUUCGCCAAACUUAACAAGCGCUAUUGUGCCCGGCUCUCAAAGACUCUAUCACUGGUUGUCAGCCAGGCAAUAAACCCCCCCCAAAAGAAACGACUUCCCAGGAAGCAGUCGAAGAUCAACCUGUCCCCUCUUAUCUUGAGGAUUUGCACACUUACACUGGGUAUUUAAAAAAAAAAACGAAUUAGGAUCCAUCACAUUGACAUGCCAGACCUUACCUGUGUGCAUCCUGAAGUCUUCUCAAUUCUGUUGUUUCUCUGUUUUACACUCUGCUCACAUCCAAAGAGUUUGCUCUUUGAGGCCUCAUCUCCUCUGUCCUUCCUGAAGGUUGAGGGUGUAAAUUAACUGUUAGGUUAAAGUGUGACUCCAGAAGAAACUGUUGAAAGGUAGCAAAUAGAUAAUUAUCCAUUAGAUGUAAUGCUUUCAUUUUUAUUGAACUCCAGAUUAAAUUGGUGGAUAUAAUUCCCUGAAUUCCAUUCUGCAAUCAAUCUUUGUGGUUUUUAAGAUAUUGACUAUCCAUUUUUUAAGUUUGCAUUGCUCCAAAAAAUAUUGAGUGUUGUUAGCACAACAAACUGUGAUAUUUGACGUGCUCAUGUGUGUGUGUGACAGAUAUCACUGUGAUUCAUUUCCUACCUCACAACAACACCUCAACCAGGGCACAGAAUAUGCUGUAUUGUCUCUCAUUUGGUUUCAACUGUGAAAGUCAGCAUUGUGUUGUCAGCAACACAGCCACCAACCAGCCACCCCACAAAACAGCAAGCAAUGUAUAGCACAGCGGGUUCCGGAGUUCGUUUAGCCAACGCUGUGUUAAGAUAUUGUAGGAUUGGAAGGAAAAGAUGAGGAAGAGUGAAAAUGGAAUUCCGUCAAGCUGUGCGGCUAUUGGUAGGAAGUCAAAUGACCCCCCCCUCCCCUUUUUAUCGAACAACAUAACGUUACGGCAGGCCAAUGGAAUGCGGUCGGCUCACCGUAAAUCAACUGAGCAUGCUCAAAGGGCAAUCUGGUGUUUCCCAUCAGGAAAGCCACCAGGCCGCCGUGUCAACAAUGACGGAUAACUUCCAGGGUGCGGCCAUAACUCACACAUGUCCCCAUUCAAACACGCCAAUGCAGACAGACACACACACACGUCUUGUACACACAGGCACACGUUUUGAAACUGAAAGUGUGACUUCCCCACACUGACUACAGAUCAGCAGAUAUCUCUCUCCCAUUUUCGGAAAAAGGCUGGACUUCCUUCCACGGCAGCUUUUCAAAGUUCAGGUUUGAUCUGCCUGCCUCUUUUUUUUUUUUUUUGCAUCUUUCACUCAAUCCCUCUUUCUCCUUUUGAGUUGUGUUUCUCUGUACAGACACACUGUAGCAUAAGGUGUAGGUAGUCAUUCCUUUGUCACUGACCUAAUCAACCUUACAGACUUUUAUAUUUAAUUACUGCUGAGUAAGAGCAGCGUGCUGAAUUAUUAACGAGAUGCACAGGUUAUUUUUAGCGAGGUGGCCUCUCCUCUGACACUGCUAAGCUUGGCCUAAGAUGAUGAAACCACUUUGCAAUCACAAAGUAAGUUUACGACUUCAAUCCUGCGAAGUGUAUUUGUUUUUUAAAGGGCAUUUUCAUUCCGAGUAAAUCCCCAUUUGACACGGCUACACUUUCAGUUGGCGGCUUAUUAGGUUCUCGGUGAAUAACAUUUGGUGAUUUCAUAGUUCAGAUGAAAAGUCAAUGAGCUUUGAUAAGUCCACAGCUGAUUCUGGAGAACAUCCCUGUCCAGAUUCGCCCACCAGAUGGGCCAAUCAGGCAUACGUAUACUCCCAGUUUUCCUGACCAUACCACUACCAUUGUAUGGACCAUACGCAUUCUGGCAUUCUGGAAAGGUAUGGAAGGUGUCUUUGACGGGGUCACCUGUUUGUGGCGGCCCUCAGGUCAAGGAAGGUGCCUUUUUCUUAACGGGCAGAAACAGCACUGAUUGAGUGUAACGUACACUGUGAGGUGAAUACCAUGGAAGUGUAGGCCCAUUAAGUGGCUGUCUAGUGUGGUUGAUCCACUGUUGCCUGAUGGGGCGGGGGGGUCAUGGGGGAUCCGUCAGAUUAGCCUUUUUUCUGGGAGGUCGGAAUCCCCCCUCUGAUAUCUGUAAUGACUUACCACAAGGCUGCUUUGGAAUAGAUUGAUCUGCAUGGGUCUGCCCCCCCGCCCCGCCCCUCCCCUCUCUCUCCCUUCCCCCCCUCUCCUCACUAGGAUGUGCUGGACUCCAGCCAGGAUACAGCCUGUCUAGCAUGUUAAGAUCCCGCCCAUUUCUGCAAGUUUGCAAUGUGAGCUGGCUUUCUUCUUUCCUUCCCUCGGGCAAAGUGGCUAUUGCUCUGCUAGUGUGUGUGUGUGUGUGUGAGAGAGAGAGAGGGAGAGAGAGGUAAAGAGAGAGAGAGAGAGUCUGUGCAUAUUUGUGACUGUACUUGUGUGUGUGUGGUUGGAGCUUCCGGGGAUAGAUCAGUGGAUGUAAAGCUAGGAUCCAUCAAUAACAGCACGACACCACAGAGCCCUGCUGUCGUCGUGGUGUGAGGAGCUGGGUCGUCUUCUUCUGCUGCGUCACCAGAAGAACAGACAGAACGAACCGCAGGGCAAAGUCCCCAUGCAGCCCAGCAUGAACAGCAUGAAACCAGGCCUCACACACAGCGAUGGCUCCUUUCCCUACGACUCGGUUCCCUGGCAACAGAACACCAACCAGCCCCCUGGGUCGUUGUCCGUGGUUACGACAGUGUGGGGUGUGACUAACACGUCACAGAGUCAGGUACUAGGCAACCAUAUGGCAAACAGCAACAACCCAAUGAACCCUGGAGCGAACCCCAUGGGCUCGGGGAUGUCGGGUGGCGGAGGGGGGCUCAGCUCCCCCCAGUUCAGCGGGCAGCAGCAGCAGUUCCCCCCCAAGGGGGGCUCCAGUCAGGCCUACAUGCAGCAGGGCAUGUACGGCAGACCUGGCUACCCUGGAGGAGGGGGCUACAGCGGCAGUUACUCUGGGGGUCCCAACGCCCCUCCGGGAGGGAUGGGUAUGCCCCCCCACAGCCGCACCCCCGCUGACUUCACCCAACCAGCAGCGGCAGCCGCCGCUGCCGCCGUUGCCGCCGCCGCUGCCACGGCAACGGCCACAGCAACCGCCACCGUGGCAGCCAUGCAAGAGACCCAGAACAAAGACAUGAACCAAUAUGGACAGAUGUGUUCGUCGUUCCAGAUGGGGCCAGCCCAGGCCUACAACAGCCAGUUUAUGAACCAGCCGGGACCAAGAGGCCCCCCUGGGGGAAUGAACCCAGGCAGCAUGGGCUCGCCCAUGAACAACCCCAACAUGAGUGGGCCUCCCAUGGGCAUUAACCAAACUCGAGCCCCAGGCAUGGGGCCUUUCGGCAGCCACGGGCAAAGGAUGCCCCAGCAAGGCUAUCCCAGCGGGCCCAGACAGGGCAUGCCUAUGCAAGGCAUGAAGAGGCCCUACCCUGGAGAGCCAAACUAUGGGGGUCAGCAGUACGGGCCCAACGGUCAGUUCCCUCCGCAGCAAGGGCCCUACCCCUCCUCCAACCCCCCCAGACCGAUGUCCUCACCAAACUACCCCGGGCAGAGGAUGCCAGGGCAGCAGGUCCAAGGGCAGUACGGUCCUGGCAUGACCAUGGGUCAAUACUAUAAGCAGGAGCAGUUUAAUGGCCAGAACACCAACUUCUCUGGUGCUGGAUACUCCUAUAGCCAAGGCAAUGGGCCCCCCAGGCCUGGGACCUACCCCCACUCUCCCGUCCCGGGGAACCCUACACCACCCAUGACCCCAGGAAGUGGCAUCCCUCCCUACCUGUCCCCCAACCAGGACGUCAAACCCCCGUUCCCUCCAGACAUGAAACCAAAUAUGGCUGCACUCCCUCUUCCUCCACCUAAUGUGAAAAGGAAAGUUGACGUCCUCUCUUGCUCUCCGCUCCCAGCCAACCCGAACGAGGAGCUGCGACUGACUUUCCCGGUCCGCGACGGCGUUGUGUUGGAGCCCUUUCGUCUGGAGCACAACCUGGCCGUCAGCAACCACGUCUUCCACCUGCGUCCGUCCGUUCACCAGACUCUCAUGUGGAGGUCAGACUUGGAACUACAGUUCAAGUGUUACCACCAUGAGGACAGGCAGAUGAACACUAACUGGCCAGCCUCCGUCCAGGUCAGCGUCAAUGCCACACCCCUAACCAUCGAGAGAGGAGACAACAAGACUUCCCAUAAACCCUUGCACCUGAAGCAUGUCUGUCAACCUGGUAGAAACACCAUCCAGAUCACCGUCACUGCCUGCUGCUGUUCCCACCUGUUCGUGCUGCAACUGGUCCACAGGCCGUCCGUCCGGUCGGUCCUCCAGGGCCUGCUGAAGAAGAGGCUCCUGCCUGCGGAGCACUGCAUCACCAAGAUCAAGAGGAACUUCAGCAGUGUCGUGGCCUCGUCGGGGAACACCACUCUGAACGGGGAGGAUGGCGUGGAGCAGACUGCCAUCAAAGUCUCGCUCAAGUGUCCAAUCACCUUCAGACGCAUCCAGUUGCCGGCCAGAGGCCACGACUGUAAACACGUCCAGUGCUUCGACCUGGAGUCCUACCUGCAGCUUAACUGUGAGAGGGGGACCUGGAGGUGUCCUGUAUGCAAUAAAACGGCGUUGUUAGAGGGGCUGGAGGUGGACCAGUACAUGUGGGGCAUCCUCAACGCAAUCCAGAAGUACGUUUCUAUGCUAAACCCUCACUCAGAGUUCGAGGAAGUCACCAUCGACCCCACGUGUAGUUGGCGUCCUGUCCCCAUCAAGUCGGACGUCCACAUCAAAGAGGACCCCGACGGACCGCUGGCCAAGCGCUUCAAGACCAUGAGCCCCAGUCAGAUGACCAUGCCCAACGUCAUGGAGAUGAUAGCCCAACUGGGCCCUGGCCCCGCCCCCUACCCACCACACCCUGCUCAGCUCGCCGGGGGCAACGGGGGGGAGUACCCAGGUCCAGGCAACAGUUACCAUGGCCACGGGAAUUUUGACUUCCCCCACUGCAACCCCUCAGGUGGGGCUGGGGGUGGAGGAGGCGGAGGCCCCCCCAUGAAUGACUUCAUGCAUGGCCCCCCCCAGCUGUCCCACCCUCCAGACGGCCCCGGGGGCCUCAUGUCCCAGGACAAAACCCUGAACCACGGCAUGCCUGACUCGAUGUGUCAUCCCGAUCAGUCUCAUAGUUCCAUGCAGCAGAGCUUGCACGCCCCCUCCCACCCCGGCAACCAAUCAGCGCAGUCCUUACAUCACAGCGGCCAGUCAGGCCAUUCGCUUCAUCACAGCGGCCACUCAUCGCAGCCCUCUCGCCAGGCCCCGCCUCAACAGCAGCCCAACCAGAACAGCCACCCUCACGGCGAUCUGAACUUUAACCCCUCUUCAGGGGUGGACGGGCAGAUGGGUGGGCAGGGACCGCAAGACAUGCCCGAGCCCUCGCUGGAUCUGCUCCCCGAGCUGGCCAACCCAGACGAGCUCCUGUCGUACCUGGACCCUCCCGACCUGCCCACCAACAGCAACGACGACCUCCUCUCCCUGUUUGAGAACAAUUAAGCCUUCCCCCCCCCCUCCAUGAGCCUGCGCUGUGUGUUGGACUGUCUUGGCUGAAGACAUUCUAGAGACUUCUGACAAGCGGUACACGCACACACACAGACACACGAUAUCUGUCGAGAGACAACGAGUGGCAUAGGAAUGAGGGUGGCCGUCAGUUGACGUGGGCGCCACCCCGGAACCUCAUGGUGAGGGUAGCAACAGACUCCUGUCGUUCCCUCCCUCCUCAUGUACAGAUUCUCGGCCUCAGAUCCAAAGCUUCUGAUUCUCAACACACCAUCGACGGCCAUGUUGGCUGGCACUAACGUGACGUGACACCGGUGACUGUUCCAAUUUGAAACUGUGCAGCUAUAUUCAGCUCAUGCGUGUCACACAAUGAACCCUGUGUGGGUUGUACAUAGCAUUUUUACGUUGAUCUUUUGCUUUUCUUACGUUGGAGGACAAGAAGGACGUGUAACUGUGUUGUUUCGCUUCCUUGCUCUUGUUUUGCUCCCUCUUUAAAGUGGGUUCUUCCAACAAAUGAGACCAUGGACUUUGAUCCCCCACCUCACACUGUGUUUCCAGAAGGAUAGAGGUCUCCACCCAGCCUGUUCCAGCCCUCCACCCCCUGACCUGAAGCACAACACAGAGCCUCAACACAUCCCCAGCCCUGCCCUCAGCCCUGCUCUCAGCCCUGCCCUUAGCCCUGCCCUCAGCCCUGCCCUCAGUCUCCUGAGGAGCCAGCCCCUUGCCCCCUCUCCUCUGGACACUCCCAACGGUACAAAUGGUACAAACUCUGUUAGCAGCUGUGUGUGACUGUGUGAGAGUGUGUGAGAGUGACAGAGAGUGACAGAGAGUGACAGAGAGUGACAGAGAGU